UUGUUUUUCUUACAAAUGUGUAAUUUAUUGAGGACCAGGAAUAAUUUUAUAUAUACGCGAACGCGUAUAUACAUAAAAUAUUAGUGAGAAGGCUUUCGCCGCGAGUUUCUUGCUCUCCAGCGCUUGGGGGGCUUCGCAAGCCGCUUAGCAAUGCAAGAAAAUGGAAUCAACGAAUUGGAGUGAAGGAAAUGAUAGAGAGAAAAUUUGAAAGUUGAAAUUUUUAUUAACCGCCUACACACGAACUGUCUUAAUUGCGAUAAAAAAAAAAAGAGAGAAGUUCGAAUCGCAAAAAGAUUCAUUAACGCAUUGCUUAGUUUUUCCGAGUCAUCCUAUAACUCAAAUCAAUUCGCUCGUUGAAGUGGAUUGAUUCCUACGUUGUUAAACAGUUCGUUAAAAUCAAAGUUAAACGUGAAGUAAAAAAUAAAAACGCGCAUAUUGACACUUAUUAUCAAUAAAUUUAUUAGAUAUCUAUUAAAAGAGCAGUUAGAUAUCUAUAUGAGAUCUGCAAGAUAUCUAAUUGCUCUAUUUUGCGUCAUUAUGUUUUAUCAUCGAGCAUAAUCGUCGCAUUAUUACUACGCUUAUGUGCUUUCGGGAAGCAUAAUUACGUUCUCUUCGCUUCUAUAAACAUCGUUAACAGAGACGUUUUAAUUGUUUUAUUUAUCUUUCUGUAUUAAGAACGAAUCUUUUAUCUUCGAUUCGUAUCGUAUCUGCUUAAGCAGACAAAAAGAAAUAAUCUCGAUCUUAUGAUCGAUAAAAUAAGACUAUUAUUCUUCAGCAAGUGCUCGAGAAUUUCGUUAUCUCAAAUUAAUUUUUUAGAUUUCUUAAUUUUUUUUAUUUCUAAACCAACGUUCCGUUUAUUUGUCUGUUUCUGAUAAACAGUUUCUUCUCUUGCAACAUAGAUCGGAAAAAUGUCGGACAUCGAGUGUGACGAUGAUUUUCAAGAUGCUCAGGAAUCAUUGCCGCAGCCUACUUCUAUGGACCUGGAUACGGCGAUAGUAGACGCGAAAAAAGCUAUUCAUUGCUUCUUCAACAACGACUUCGAGCAGGCGAAAAAGAUCCUGGAGCCAUGGGCGAACAGCAGCAUGUAUCACUCGUUGGGAACUAGCGUUUUCGCAUUUAUGGAAGCGGUGCUUACGUUCGAACAAAAACACGUGGAGAAGGCGUCGGAGGCCUUGAAACAGUGUAUGAGCCUGUGCUCCAAGUAUCGAAAGCACACAACCAUAACGCAAAACAUCGGGAAAAUGGUCAAGAAGGUCAACUACGACACUUACACAAACGAAGAGGUGCACGCGGAACUCUGCUACGCCGAAUCGCUUCUCUUGAAAUCGAUGCUCACCUUCGUGGAGGACGAGACUCUGGUCAGCUUCGUCAAGGCGGGACUGAAAAUUCGCACCUGUUUUUUGUUGUACAAGGAGUGUAUGACAAUGUUAAAAACCCGCAAUUGGGGCAACGACAGUCACAAAGUGCAUUUCGAAAGCGGCGUUCGUAUGGGUAUUGGCGCAUUCAAUUUGAUGAUUUCGCUGUUACCAGCUCGUGUUAUUAAACUAUUGGAAUUUAUCGGAUUUUCCGGCGAUAAGGACUACGGCCUAGCGGAAUUAAAGGCGGGUUAUAACGAGAAGAGAGGUCUGCGACAGCUUUUGUGCGUGAUGACGCUGCUGUCGUACAAUUUGAUCGAGACUUUUCUGCUGUCCCACUCGGACGGCGAUCUGGAAUGGUGCGAACAGGUGCUGGAAGAGCAACUGAGUCUCUAUCCGAACGGCGCGUGGUUCCUGUUCUUCAAGGGCCGAUUGGAACUGACGAAGGGCAACUUCGAGAAGAGCGUGGACUGGUACAUCAGAUCGUGGAAGAGUCAGGACGUCUGGCCGCACUUCCAUCAUCUCUGCUACUGGGAACUGAUGUGGUCGCAUUGUAUAAUGCAGCAAUGGAACAAGGCGGUCACGUACGCCUCGAUGCUGUCGGACGAGUCCAACUGGUCGCGUACCACCUACCUCUACCAGGAGGCCGCGAUUCUGCUGAUGCAGAAGUCGUCGUCUUGGAGUCAGGAGAGAGAGCUGAUUGACAACCUGAUGACGCAGGCGCCGACCUACAGACAGCGCAUAGCCGGCAAGUCGCUGCCGAUGGAGAAGUUCGUCGUCAAACGAACGGAACGUUACUUCGCGCAAAAGAAGUAUCUAGUUCUUCCUAUCUUCGAGCUUAUGUACUUGUGGAAUAUGUUUAGGGUAAUAGGCAAGCGGCAGGACUUGAUGAUAAAUAUAUUUAAGAGAAUUGAAGAGGAGGAACGCGAACUCAAAGCGGCCACAAAAACGGAAUAUCAUGCCGACAACGAGGCGCUGCUGUUGCUGUUGAAAGGUGCCUGUCUUCGACAAAUGAAACAUCCUCUGCAGGCCGAAGAGUGCCUGCGACGCGUAUUGCAGUUAGAAAGCUCAGUCAGAGAGGACACGUACUUAUUCCCUUAUGCUACCGUAGAAUUGGCGUUACUGGCACAAGAUCAAAACGACAUCCAGCUGGCUAUAGAUUUCUUGGAAGACGCCAGAAAAAAUUACAAGGGCUAUCUAUUGGAGUCUAGACUACACUUCAGAAUACAUUCGGACUUAAUGACGUUGACCAGCAAGAAGACCAGCAACGGCGCGAAGAAGCGCGAGAACGAUCAACAUUUGAAGAUCACUGCCAACAACAGCGUCAGUAUAACGAAACCGAGCGUCGAGGGAACUAAACUGUAAAAAGAUAAAAUACUCGAUCGGAAUCGAGCGAGUAAAGCAAUAUAGCGAUAAUAUAAAAAUCUUAUCUUAGAAAAAAUUCUUUUGUAUUUAUCUCUUUGGACAACGUACAACGAAAAGUUGUUUUGUCUCCCGCAAGAAUCGGAGAUCGAGAACGAAAAUAAUGAUUCUAAUUAUUGUGUGAGAUAUCAAAAGGCCUUUGUGCAUUUCGAUUUGCAUUGUCCGACUUUACUAUUAACAAAACGCGAUGUGAUUCCUCAUUGGAAUUCUUGAACACCAGAUGAGCACAUUUUGUAAACAUUACUAAAAAAUAUAUAUAUAUAUAUAUUAUAUAUAUAUGCAUACGCGUACAUAUGUAUAUAUAUGUAUAAAAAUUUCUUCCGCAGGAAGAAAUUUAGGACAAGUAAAAGUGAUAUUUUGUGUAGUGAAUUAUAUAUACAUAUAUAUAUAUAUAUAUAAUAUUUAUAUGUAAAUUAUACUGUCUUUCUGCUAGGGGAAAAAGUAAGAUUAUGUGUAUAUAAAAUGUAGCAUAUGCGCGAUUUAUAGACUGCAGAUGUUUAUGCGAGUACAUAAUAUAACAAGAGAUAUGCAAAAAAUAUAUUAUAAUGCUGUAUGUAUAUUCAAGAAAGUAAUUUCAAUUGUGUGCGUUUUACUGCCGAUGAAACAACAAACACCCACAAAACAAAAACAACGAGAACAUCCGUUCGGAAAAGAAAAGUGAGACGUUGAGACGAGUUGUAUAAAAUAUCGGUACUUUAUUUUUUUUUCCCUUUUUUUUUUUUUUUUCAAUCGAUUGCGAUGCGAGAACGCGCAAGAGAUAUGUACAUACAUACAUACACAGACGUCAGGAUUUACAUAGUACACUUACAUCUCUCCGUCUAUGCGCAUUAAAGUAACCAGACGUGUUAAUGUUAGUUGUUACAAAAGUGUCUUGUGUUUUUUUUUCUUUCUGAGCGAUAAAAAAAACUUACAACGUUCGGUCGCGUACAACAGACUUAUUCGCAUUCUUCUUGAGCGGGGUGUGAUCUGAGGUAUAUCAAUGGUGUAUAUUGCGUUAUUAAAAAAAAAAAAAAAAGAAAAAGAAAAAAA